CCGUGCCGAGCGGAACUCUCAACGGUCGUUAGAAUUACAACUAAGAAGAAAACAAUUUCUGCAAAACGGCUGUGAAAAUAAAACCCCAAUUGUACAGCAAAUAUUUGCUAAGACAAUCAAUUAGAAUUCACCGCGCGUGUGUCGCGACUGAAACUGAAAAAACGUAGAAAAAAACCGAAUAUAACCGAAACGCAAUUAAGCAAAGCAAUUUCAUAGACAUGUCCGAAUUUCUGCGGGAACAUGGCGAAUAUGUGUGGGUUAAACCACAGAACACAACAUCGGAAUUCGCAGUGCCAUUUGGAGCACGCAUCGUGCGCACGGAGAAGACACAAACUUUGGUCUGCGAUGAUGCGAACAAACAGUUCUGGGUGCCAGCUGGCGAUGUGCUCAAGUCGAUGCAUCUCACCUCGCAUGAGGAUGUCGAGGAUAUGAUCACACUCGGCGAUCUGCAGGAAUACACGAUAUUGCGCAACCUGCAGACACGCUAUGCCAAGCAGUUGAUUUAUACCUACACAGGCUCCAUGCUGGUGGCCAUCAACCCGUACCAGAUACUGCCCAUCUACACACACCGCGAGAUCCAGCUGUAUCGCAACAAGAAACUGAACGAGCUGCCGCCGCACAUCUUCGCCAUCAGCGACAAUGCCUUCCAGCGAUUGCAGCGACACAAGGAGAAUCAAUGCGUUGUCAUCAGCGGCGAGUCGGGAGCUGGGAAAACAGAGAGCACCAAGUUGAUACUGCAGUAUUUGGCUGCCAUCAGUGGGAAACACUCGUGGAUCGAGCAGCAAAUAAUUGAAUCGAAUCCCAUUAUGGAGGCCUUUGGCAAUGCCAAAACGGUGCGCAACGACAACUCGUCGCGCUUUGGCAAAUACAUUGACAUACGCUUCACACCCGACGGCGCGAUUCAAGGUGCUCGCAUUCAGCAGUAUUUGCUCGAGAAAUCACGUAUUGUGUUCCAGAGUCGCGACGAGCGCAACUAUCACAUCUUCUACGCAAUGCUGGCGGGUUUAAGCGCCGCGGAACGUGCUCGCCUCCAGCUGGAGGAGCAAUCGCCGAGUCAGUAUCAUUAUUUGGCACAAGGCGGCUGCUUUACGCUGCCGGGCAAACAGGAUGCCAAGGAUUUUGCGGACAUUCGUGCGGCACUCAAAGUGCUCUCCUUCAAACCGGAUGAACUGUGGUCCAUACUCAGUUUGUUGGCUGCCAUUCUGCAUUUGGGCAAUUUGCGUUUCAAGGCCAUCGAAGUGGCUAACUUGGACACCGCCGAGGUGGACGACAACCUCAAUUUGCAGCGUGUAGCCCAGCUCUUGGGAUUGCCAGAGGCAUCUUUGAACACCGCUCUCACGCAGCGUACCAUCUUUGUACAUGGCGAGCAUGUGGUGACCAGUCUGUCCAAGGAGGCGGCCAUCGAGGGACGCGAUGCGUUUGUGAAGUCUCUCUACGAUGGCAUCUUUGUGCGCAUCGUGCGACGCAUUAACGACACCAUCGACAAGAAGCCAGAGGCGCCGGUGAACAGCAUCGGAGUGCUGGAUAUCUUUGGCUUUGAGAACUUUGACAACAACAGCUUCGAGCAGCUGUGCAUCAACUAUGCCAACGAGAAUCUGCAGCAGUUCUUUGUCGGUCACAUAUUCAAGAUGGAACAAGCCGAGUACCAACUGGAGCACAUCAACUGGCAGCACAUUGAGUUCCAGGACAAUCAGGACAUUCUCGAUUUGAUUGGCAUGAAACCUGUGAAUAUUAUGUCGCUCAUCGAUGAGGAAUCCAAGUUUCCCAAGGGCACAGAUCAAACGCUGCUGGAGAAACUCCAUGUACAGCAUGGCAAUCGUUCGAUGUAUGUCAAAGGAAAAACCACACAGACUUCGCUCUUUGGCAUUCGUCAUUAUGCUGGCAUUGUCAUGUAUAAUCCUCUUGGAUUCCUGGAGAAGAAUCGCGAUUCGUUCAGCAGUGAUUUGCGUAAUCUGGUUCAGCGUGCCAGCAACAAGUAUCUGGUGGAUAUUUUCCCGCAUGAACUGCCCAUGGACACAACCAAGAAGCAGCCAACGCUGAGCGUCAAGUUCCGCAAUUCGCUGGACAUGCUAAUGCGCACUUUGUCGCAGGCUCAUCCUUACUUCAUACGCUGCAUCAAGCCCAACGAGUUCAAGAAACCAAAUAACUUUGACAAGGAGCUGUGCGUGCGCCAAUUGCGCUACUCGGGCAUGAUGGAGACUGCCAGGAUACGCCGUGCUGGUUAUCCCAUACGCCACGCCUACCGCGCCUUUGUGGAACGCUAUCGAUUGCUGGUGCCACGCACUGGACCGUUGGAUGAAUGCGAUUGCCGGCUGCUGGCGCGACAGAUUUGCGAGGCAGCAUUGCCCGCUGACUCGGAUCGUCAAUUCGGACGCACGAAGCUGUUUCUGCGCGAUGAGGACGAUGCGCUGUUGGAAGCGGAACGCUCUCGCGUGAUGCUCAAAUUUAUUGUGACCAUACAGCGAGGUUUUCGUCGCGUGCUCUUCCGUCGCUACCUCAAGCGAUAUCGUCAGGCCAUCAUCACGGUGCAGCGCUAUUGGCGAGGACGCAUGCAGCGUCGUCGCUAUCUGACCAUGCGACGUGGCUUCCACAGACUGGGGGCAUGCAUUGCUGCCCAGCAGCUGACCACGAAGUUCACGAUGGUGCGCAGUCGUACAAUCAAAUUGCAGGCACUGUGUCGCGGUUAUUUGGCCCGAAAGCGUUUCGCUUUGGAGCUGACAACGCGACGCCAGCAGCACAAGGAAAGGAAACGCGUCAAGGAACAGGAGUUGUUGCGUCUGAAAGCGGAGCAAGAACUGCUUCAACAGCAGCGACUCAAGCAGCAGCAGGCUGAAGCGGAGCAGCUGCGUCUGAAGCAAGAACAAGAGCAACAGCAGCGACUCAAGGAACAAAUCGCAGCGAGAAAUGCGGCUGCCAUGGCUGCAGUGCAUCAGCCGAAGCGCACAAAGUCCAUCAAGCGUAACGAGCAACCUGUGCUGCCUGCCCCCACGUUGCAAGCACGCAUGUCGCUGCCCCCGCCGCCCCCGAUGUCGCCCAUCAUCAUCACACCGAUGGCAGCACGGCCGAACAGCAGUGCAACAAAGACAAACGGUUUGGCUGUGGAGACACCUGGUUACGAUGCCUCGAAGCAGAUUGUGGACGAUGUAUUUGGCUUCUUGAACGAUGAGCCCGAUAUCACCCUGAAGAAGUCAAGCAGUAUUACUUCUGUGGGCACAAUUCGAUUGCCUAAACCUGUUCCUAACAAUGUGGACACAUCGGACUUUAGCUUCCAGAAAUAUGCAUCCACUUAUUUUUGCAGCGGCAACACUUCUCAGCAUGAAAGGAAACCUCUCAAGCAACCUUUGCUGAAGCAUGAUCUGCCCAUUGAGCAAAUGGCAGCCAAGACCAUUUGGUUGCUGAUACUACGCUUUAUGGAGGAUCUUCCAGAGGCUGCUCCUACUCCGAAAGAUCACUCGCUGCGCCAUCCUCAACUUAUGCAGGACAUGGCUCGCAUUCUGGGCUCCAAACCACGUCGCUUCAUUCGCCAAACUCUCCGAAGGCAGCCUAAACUAAUUGGCAAUGGUCAACGCGAAGUUGAGGAUUUCUAUCAGCUCUGGCUGAAUGCAGGCAGCAGUCAUCUGGACAAGCUGCACUUUAUUAUAGGGCAUGGAAUUCUCAAAGAGAGCUUGAGAGAUGAAAUCCUCGCUCAGAUUUGCAAGCAGCUCUAUUUGAAUCCCAAUCGUAUCUCCUACGCUCGUGGUUGGCUGCUGCUCUCCAUUUGCCUGAGUUGCUUUCCGCCCAGCAGCAACUUUGAGCCAUAUCUGCGCAGCUACAUGAAACUGGGCACCGCCAAGUUGCACUCGUCUUCUUCCUUACAACAUCUGGAACGCACUUUAGCGAAUGGAGCAAGAUCGCAACCUCCAUCGCUGUUAGAACUCCAGGCAAUACGCAACAAAGAGCCGCUGAAGUUAGCCAUUUAUCUGAUGGAUGGCGAGGCGCGUAAGCUGCAAGUGGAUGCCGCCAGCACAGCAAGGGAGGCAGUGCAGCAACUGUGCGAUGGGCUCGGCUUAAGCGAUAGCUUUGGCUUCGGUUUGGUAUUGUCCUUCCAAGAGAAACUCAUGCCUCUCGGAGCGGGACGUGAGCAUGUGCUCGAUGCCAUUUCGAGCUGCGAGCAACGAGAUUUGGAUUCACCUUGGAAACUUUAUUUGCGAAAGGAGCUUUUUGAUGCCUGGUAUGAUCCUGCAGUGGAUCCAAAGGCCACGCAUUUGAUCUACAAACAAGUUGUGCUUGGUCUGAAGUGUGGCGAAUAUCGUUGUCGCUCCGAGAAGGACAUUGCCAUGGUCUGUGCUCUGGCUUGUUACAUUGAACAUGGCGCAGGAGUUGCGAAUGCUUUGAAUGAGCAACAAUUGACCGAGUUUGUGCCCAGAGAUCUGUUGGCUCCCGGUGAGCGUGCGGUGCAGAAUUGGAGUCGGCUUAUUGCGGCGACUUACGAGCGCAGCGCCUACGUCAAGAAGGGUCAGGAUGCGUUGUCCCAACAGCGUGCCAAGGAGGACAUUUGCCUCUUUGCGCAUCUCUCGUGGCCUAUGCGACAUUCGCGUCUCUAUGAAGUUCAGCGUCUCUCUGGACCGAAGCUGCAGAGCGAUGAACUCAUGCUGGCCGUGAAUGCAUCGGGACUCUCGCUCAUCGAUGAGACGGAGCAAGUGCUCGCCUCCUGCACAUAUGCGGAGCUAGUCAAAGUGCAGUUCGAGGCGCAGGAUCAACUUCAUGUUCGCACCGUGCAACAUGAGAACUUUGUGCUGCAGUGCAGCGAAGCCUUGGAUGCUGCGGAGCUCAUCAACUACAUGCUGCUCAAUCUGCAGCAACGUUCGAGUUAUGCGGUGGCCAUUGAAGGUUGUCAAGUGGAACAACAGCUAGAGGAGCAGUUGCUACUCUCGCCUGGUGACUUGGUGCAGUUUGAGGCGGGAGUCACGGGUGGUCAGCUGCUUGCGGAUGAUGUGCGACGUCCUUGGCGUGGGUCUGCUAAUGGACAGACGGGUGAAUUCGCCGCCGGCAAUGUGCGUGUGUUGGCCACAUUAACACGACCCAGUCUAGCAUUGCAACAGGUGUUCAAGGAGCACACAGCGGGCGCUAAAGUGGCGUCGAUUAAGCAGGAGUUGGAACAACCCGUGGCGCCUAAGCGACGUCAGCACAGCUUGGCACAGUUUGCGGAGCAACAGUUCAGAGAAAACUUGGACUCUGAAUUGGCUCCACUUUGGCGAUAUUCCCCCGAGCCACUAAAGGCUCCUCUACUCAAAUCCCUUCACUCCCAACCGCAGCUCUAUCAGCAAGCGUUAGUUAUCUACCAUCACAUACAAAAGUACAUGGGCGACAUUCCACGUGGUCAGCUGGCUGUAAACACGGAUUUAAUCUUCCAAGCAGCUUUGAAUCAGCCGCUGCUCUGUGACGAACUCUUCUGCCAGCUGAUGAAGCAACUCACCGGCAACACAAACGUCGAGAGCGAGCAACGUGGCUGGGAUUUGCUGUAUUUGGCCACAGGAAUUAUGGUGCCCUCGGUGUUGAUCAUGCGUGAACUGAUUCUGCUGCUGCGUCUGCGUUCGGAUGCCUUGGCAGAUGCUUGUUUGAAGCGUCUGAAGCGCAGCUUGCAACACGGACAACGCAAGCAGCCGCCGCAUUUGAUUGAAGUAGAAGGCAUUCAACAGCGUUGCAUGCACAUCUAUCACAAGAUCUAUUUCCCCGACGACACUGUGGAAGCCUUUGAGAUCGAGUCGCAUACUCGAGGCGCUGCACUCAUCUCGGAUGUUGCGCAGCGCUUGGAAUUGAAAUCGCAGCUGGGCUACAGCAUAUUCCUGAAGAUUGGCGAGAAGGUUUAUGCCAUGCCCGAGGAGGAAUUCGUGUUCGAUUACAUCACAGAGCUGCUGCACUUUGUGCGUCAACAGAAAAGCAUUCGCGCCAGCUGCGAUGCGCAUUAUCAACUGCAUUUCAUGCGAAAACUCUGGCUGGACUCGCAGCCGGGCAACGACAUCAAUGCGGAUCUGAUCUUUAGCUAUCCCCAAGAGUUGCACAAAUAUCUUAAAGGCUACUACGCGGUGGACUUGGAGCAGUCGCUGCAAUUGGCGCAGCUCAUCUACAGCGCCGAUCAGCAGCGUGAUGAGGCAUUGCAACUGCAAGAGUUGGUCCCGGAGGAUUUGUUGCCACAACGCACGCUGGCCGAGUGGCAGCAACAGUUGCUGCCGCUGUUGGAGCAAAGUGAGCAACUCGAAGAGGAUCAGGCGAAGCUUUUGCUGCUCCAGCAGUUGGCCAAGCAGCCUUGCUAUGGCUCCACAUUCUUUGCCGUUAAGCAGCUGAAUGAUUCAUCGCUGCCCGAGCAGCUGUUGAUUGCCAUCAAUUGCGACGGGUUGCAGCUGCUUGAUGCACAGACGAAGCAACUGCUGCAUAGUUAUAGCUAUGCUGAGCUUGGCAUCUGGAGUUCGGGCAAGAAUCAUUUUCAUAUACGUUUCGGCAACAUGAUAGGCGCCUCGAAGCUGCUGUGCAGCACGAAUCAAGGCUACAAAAUGGACGAUCUGCUGGCCUCCUACAUGAGGUACUUUAAUCGUUAA